GACCAAUCGGCGGGGAGCGUAACAUGGUGGGUGGGUAGGGGAAGACGAGCUGUGAACGAGCAGAGCGAUGGCCGCUGCGAGUGCCCGGCUGCUGGUUCACCUGGGGCACCUGAGGGGACGUCCACCGUCAACGCUGCCCCUCAGCCCCAAUCAUGUCGGAGCUGCUCAGGCAAUGCACCAACCCAACAUCCCACUCAAAUUCAGAUACUCUUUGGAUAAUGGGAUUCUGACACCGAAACAGAGAGAAUUCUACGAAGAGAAUGGCUUUAUCGUCAUCAAAGGGCUGGUUCCUAAGACGGAUCUGGAUAAAUACAGGAACCAGUUUGAAAAGAUUUGCCGUCUGGAGAUGACCGUACCGGGCAUGGUGGUCAUGCGAGACAUUGCCAUAGCCAAAUCCGAGUUUGUCCCUGACCAAAAAGCCAUCACCAAGAUCCAGGAUUUCCAGAAUGAUCCUGUUCUGUUCGAGUACUGCGAGCAUCCAAAGGUCAUCCAGUAUGUGGAAGCUUUCACAGGAUCCAACAUUAUGGCCAUGCACACGAUGCUCAUCAACAAACCUCCUGACCCUGGCUCCAAGACGUCACGCCACCCGAUGCACCAAGACUUGCACUACUUCCCAUUUCGUCCGGCCGACCGCAUUGUGUGCUCGUGGACCGCCAUGCAGACCAUCAACCGGCAGAACGGCUGCCUGGUUGUGUUGCCCGGCACUCACAAGGGGGAGCUCAAGCAGCACGACUACCCUGAGUGGGAGGGCGGCGUGAACAAGAUGUAUCACGGCGUGCGGGACUAUGACCCGACGAUGCCGCGCGUUCACCUGGACAUGGAGGAGGGUGACACCGUGUUCUUCCAUCCCCUACUCAUCCACGGAUCCGGCAUGAACAACACUGAUGGUUUCCGCAAGUCUAUCUCCUGCCACUACGCCAGCAGCGAGUGCAACUACAUCGAGGUGAAGGGCACGAGCCAGGAGAACAUUGAGAAUGAGGUGAAGGACAUUGUUCGAAAACGCCACGGCAUCACGGAGCUCGACUUCUCGGACGUGUGGCGCAUCAAGGGACGACUCGUGAAUGGAGAGAGGCUGCAGCUGUGAGGGGGCUCCGCCACGCGCCUUCACGCCACUGAUGGUUCCCUUAGAAUCCCUGCCACCCAAUCAUGUGUCCCCUUUAAUAUGCCUUAACUGUAUCUUCUAUUUCAGACCCAAUAGUCAUAAAGCAGCAGUUAUUAAAGCCAUUGGCCGCACCAUCCUGGUCAAUAUAUGGGGUCAUUCACGGAUUACAUGCACACUGGAUAUCCCAUCUUCAAGCAGAACAGAAGUACUUGAAAGUAAUGCAUACCUCACAUGAGUAGUGGUGAAAAUUCUAUGCAAGUGCUGGUGAACCACGUCUCCUCAUAUGACGUCACGUGGCGUCCUCAAAACGUCUGUACAUGUAACAACUAAUCUGGACCUCUUUUCUCCAGGUCUCGCUUCUACCUCGCUACUCUCGCUAUAAUCUCACUAAUCUUUAUCUCUUGUCUGCAGCUAUAUUAUCUCGUGCAUCUCUCAGAUCCGUGUUUCUCUGUCUUGGCGAGCCAUAUCUCUCAGCGGGCCAUAUGGGUCGACAGAUGAAGAACUCUUUCGUAGAGCCACUACAUAAGCUGAUAUUCUGGUCUGCAAUGCCUUUGUGUUCUGAAAUGUUUUCACAUGUUUUAAGUAAUUCGUUAAUGCUUCCAUGAGUUUCUGAUUCUGUUGGCUGUUGUGACUCGCACAUUUCACAUUAGAUGUUUUAGCAAGCAAAAAAAAUAACCAUUUUAACUUAGGAAGAGCAUUUUGAUUUUAUUUGACAUUUGAAGUACCUAAUUUCUGAGGUAAAACCAUAAAUGAGUUUGAUCUCGAGUGUUUAUCUUGUUGAACGAUGAUGGGGACUGUUCCAGCACUUUUGAGGAAGGUUUCCUCUGGACAAUAUGGGGUUAAAACUUGGCACUUUCUUGGUUUUGAUUUUGCAAUGAUAACAGUUUUCUGCAUAUAAAGCAAAUGCUGGUAAUUGUAAAACGUAAAUGUAGAGGUGAGUCCUAAAAGAUGUAAUACCUCACUAUAAAUGAGUUUGAAAUUAUUUUUAAUAAAGUGUUUAAAUUCAUCACUAGUUCGUGCUCAUUAUUUUAGUACAUGCUCAUGAAUGGACUUUUUUGUUUUGUUUUAGUGACCGAGUAUCCCUAUUCAUCAAAUGGACACGUAACAUUGUUAAAAUUGAGUUGCAAAUCAUUAACACAACGUGAGAUUUGAGUUAUGACAUUGAAAGAUGUUGACCCAGGAUAUUUAAGUAAUGUUACUGAUGGUAGUGUGCUGUGCUCAUUCCUCAUUGAAAUGUGCUCGAUCACACAGCAAAGUGAUUAAAUUGUGAAUAAUCUGAUCAUUGGGCUCUUCGGCACAUGUAUACAUCUUAGAAUUUCUUCAUAAAAGGUUAAGAUGUGAGCUGCUUGUAUGAAAAAGAUUGAUUGUCUGAAACUUGAGCAAAACUUUCAGCGGCAACUACUGGGAUCAUGGCCAAUCUGUGCGUCUCACUGCUUGGCCAAUCGUCACCAUAUAAUCUGCAUGCCAGACACACACAGACACGCACACACACACACACGCACCUUGAGGCGUGUAGCCCAGAUGAUCACACAUUCGGCUGGUUUGGAGGGACCAGCAGGAGCCAUGACUCGCACAGCGCUCUCUCUGCUCGUCCUUGUGCUCUUCUCCUGCAUCCAGGAGGGCAGAGCAGCUACACUCAUGAAGACAAUUCAAGAUCCGAAUGCGGUGUUUGUGCGAGAGGAGACAGCAGCCAGCUUCCUCCGUCCCCGCCGCUCGGUCAAGCUGCCGCGUGAAACCAUCGCGGAGCAGACGCAGAGCCUCUUGGCAGACAAGCGCCGCACGGAAUACCGCGAGGAGCAGAUCAAGGCACGGGAGAACUUUGCUGAGGAAGAGCGAUCUGAGACGUACGAGCAGACCCGGGAGGCGACCGAGUCGUGGAGAGAAUACCACUACGACGGACUCUACCCCUCCUACCGCUUAAACCGCCACAUUCCCUACUGAGCCACAC